AUGUCUGAACUUCGCGAUUAUCACUUUCGAGGGCCCUUGCUCCGCCGCUUCGAUGAUUGUGGCGAGGACGCGAAGGCCUUGAUUGGCGACCUGCUCAAGAUUUGGGCCGAGAGGCGCGGGUCCAACACUGACAUCAGUGCCGCAUACCUGAAGGCGUUCACUGACAACCAUGUCUUUAGUGGCUGGUCCAGCGACCAGGAGCCUUGCCGUCCCUCGAGGCAGCAGCCCAAGAUCACGGACCAGUACGUCAAGAUUGGCCGCUUCAACAGGGAUCUCCCUGAUCCGAAGCAGGAAAACACGUUUGGCUACGAACGCACCGGACUCGCCCGGAUUUCGGGGAUGCUCGGAGUCAAGACGUACAAGACUCCCCUCGUUCGCAAGGCCGGACGGGACGCGUACGUGAGAGCGCGACUCGACAGGUCAGGAGAGUUGCUCAUUCACGACUACGUUGAUGAAAAGGGGAGAUGGGCCCCUUUUGAGUACAUCGACUUCGGCGGUCAGGGUAUCCGGCAUGGCAAGCCAUCAAUCGACGGGCUUGCUAAAGCCUACAUCAGGGCAGAUAUGGUUGCUGCCCACUACGCAGAUGACUGGAACAAAAAGCUAGCCAUCUAUCUUUCUCGGGUUAUGCUGUUCAACGCAAGCCAUCGAAACCUGUACCAACCUCGCCUGGAGGCGAAUGAAGUCGCUUUGAAUAUCAACCAUUUCUUGAGCCCGGCCAGAAUUUGCGCCACCUGGGGAAAAAGACGGGAGAUUAUCGACCAGCUCGGACAGGCAGCCGGCACUGCCACUUACUAUGGUCAAGCAGGAUGCAAUAUCUUCAGCAACCCCCCGGCCAUGGAUAACCAAAGCCAGUCGCAGGCGUAG